CCAUCGGCUGGGGAUGCGUCUCUCGGCAGCGGCGCCCAACUUCUCCCGGGAUCGCCUUGACUCUGGGUUAUGGGCAAGUCAGAAAGUCAGAUGGAUAUAACUGAAAUGAACUCUCCAAAACCAAAGAAAAAACCACGAUGGAGUGCAAUGGAAAUUGGGCUUGCGGUUGUCGUAGUCCUUCUUGCUAUCGUAGGCAUCACCAUGAUAAUUCUGUACGCCACCCGUUCUGAUGCUGUUUGUAUAACUUCAGAUUGUGUAACAUCAGCUGCCCAUAUCCUUGAAAACAUGGAUCCUACAUCAGAACCCUGCAAAGAUUUUUACCAGUAUGCUUGUGGAGGAUGGUUAAAGAAGAACAUCAUUCCAGAGGCCAGUUCUCGUUAUAGUAACUUUGACAUUUUAAGAGAUGAACUAGAGGUUGUUUUGAAAGAUGUCCUCAGUACGCAGAACAGCAGUGACAUACCAGCUGUCCAAAAAGCAAAAACUCUCUACAGAUCUUGUGUAAAUGAAACUGCUAUUGAUCUCAGAGGAGGGAAACCUCUCAUCAACAUAUUGGACACUAUUAAUGACUGGCCUGUAGCAGCUGACGCCUGGGACCAAAUGUAUGGUACCAGUUGGACAGCUGAAAAGUCUAUUGCACAGCUAAACUCUAAGUAUGGGAAAAGGGUUAUUAUUAACCUGUUUGUUGGCACAGAUGAUAAAAACUCCACACAACACAUACUUCAUAUUGAUCAGCCUGGACUUGGACUGCCUUCCCGUGACUACUAUGAAUGCACUGGAUUGUAUGAGGAGGCAUGUUCAGCCUACGUUGAUUUCAUGAUUUCUGUAGCAAAACUGAUCCGCACGGAAAGAAAUCUCACCAUCAAUGAGACCCAAAUUUCUAUGGAAAUGAGAAGAGUAAUGGAGUUGGAAAAAGAGAUUGCAAACGCUACAACCAAAUCUGAUGAUAGAGUUGACCCUCUUCUGCUAUACCACAAAAUGACAUUUGCUGAUGUCCAAAAGAACUUCUCUUUGGAAAUCAAUAACCAGCCAUUCAACUGGUUAACAUUCGUAAAUAAUGUAAUGACAACUGUUAACAUCAGUAUUCAAAAUACUGAAGAUGUGGUUGUUUAUGCUCCAGAAUAUCUAAUCAAACUAGAGCCUAUUAUUACGAAAUACAAUCCCAGAGAACUUCAAAACUAUAUGAGCUGGCGAUACAUCAUGGAUUUGGUAAACACUCUAAGCCAAAGCUACAAGGACACAAGGGCUACUUACCGUAAGGUGCUCUAUGGCACAACCUCAGACACCGCUGCAUGGCGCCGCUGUGCAAACUACGUCAACGGCAACAUGGAGAAUGCUGUGGGAAGGCUGUAUGUAGAAGCAGCAUUUGCUGGAGAGAGCAAACACAUGGUACAAGAUAUGAUUACACAAAUCCGUGAGGUUUUUGUACAAACCCUGGAUGAGCUGAGUUGGAUGGACGCAGAAACCAAAAAGAGGGCAGAACAAAAGGCUAUAGCCAUUACAGAAAGGAUUGGCUACCCUGAUGAGAUCGUUAAAGACGAUAAUAAGCUGAAUAAAGAAUACAAAGAUCUGAACUACAAAGAAAAUGAAUAUUUUGAGAACAUAAUUCAAAAUCUAGUGUUUGACCAGAAGCAAAGGCUGAAAAAGCUCAGAGAGAAGGUGGACAAGGAAGAGUGGAUAAGUGGAGCAGCUGUAGUCAAUGCAUUUUAUUCAGCAAACAGGAAUCAGAUUGUCUUCCCUGCAGGUAUUUUGCAACCACCUUUCUUUAGUGCAUCCCAGCCUAACUCCUUGAAUUAUGGUGGCAUUGGCAUGGUCAUUGGCCACGAAAUCACCCAUGGCUUUGAUGACAACGGUAGAAAUUUUAAUGAGAAAGGGGACCUUGUAGACUGGUGGACGGAAGACUCUGCAAAAAAGUUCAAGCAACAGUCUGAGUGCAUGGUGAACCAGUAUGGAAACUUCAAGUGGGAUCUAGCUGGAGGACAACAUCUCAAUGGAAUCAAUACCCUUGGAGAAAACAUUGCGGAUAAUGGUGGCAUUAGACAAGCAUACAAGGCCUAUGAAAACUUUGUAAAGAAGAAUGGAAAAGAGAAACUGCUUCCCGGCCUUGACUUCAGCCACAAGCAGCUGUUUUUUCUGAACUUUGCACAGGUAUGGUGUGGAACAUUCAGACCGGAAUACGCUGUCAAUGCCAUUAAAACGGAUUCACACAGUCCGGGCAAUUUCAGGGUCCUAGGAACAUUACAGAACACUCCAGAGUUUUCGGAGGCCUUUCAAUGCACCAACGCAGACUACAUGGAUCCUUCGAAAAAGUGCCGUGUUUGGUGA